AAGAUGGCGGCUCCCUUGAUGGAGAAGCUGGCGGACUCCCUAGGUUCCCCGGAGCCAGCGGUUCGACUCAUUUUAUCUAUUUUAAUCGUGUAUCCCUGUGCCCUGGUCUACCGGCGGUUCUUGUUCUACCAGUCUUCCACAGUUAUUCAUUUAUUCAACACGCUCUCUGGACUGGCUCUAGCAGCUUUCAACUUCGGCGCUCAGAUCUAUCACUCCGCAGUAUGCAUCCUUGUCCAAUUCCUGAUGCUGAGGCUUAUGGGAAGAACAGUAACAGCUGUCCUGAGCAGCUUUACCUUUCAAAUGGUCUACCUGCUUGCAGGUUAUUACUACACAGCAACAGAGGAGUAUGACAUCAAGUGGACUAUGCCUCAUUGUGUCCUCAUGCUGAAGCUCGUCGGGUUGUCAUUUGAUUACUAUGACGGCGGAAAGGAACCAUCCCAGCUGAGUGCAGAUCAGAAGAAAGCCGCCCUGCCGGCUGUGCCCUCGCUGCUCGAGGUGUGCGGCUUUUCCUACUUCUAUGGAGGCUUCCUGGUGGGGCCCCAGUUCACGCUGCGGAGCUACCAGAGGCUGGUGGCGGGGGAGCUCACCGACUGCCCCGGAAAGCCCCCCAACAGCGUUAUUCCGGCUAUGAAGAGGUUUGGUCUGGGUUUUGUCUGCUUGGUGAUAUAUACAAUAUUUAGUCCCUAUUACGCAGAGAGCUACUUUCUAACGGACGAAUAUGAGGCUCAGCCGUUCUGGUAUCGCUGCGUGUUUCUCCUGAUCUGGGCUAAAGUCAUCUUGUACAAAUACGUCAGUUGCUGGCUCAUAGCGGAGGGUAUAUGUAUCCUCUCUGGCCUCGGCUACAAUGGUGUUGUGGAGGGCCAGCACCGGUGGGACGCCUGUGCCAACAUGAAGGUGUGGAUCUUUGAAACCACACCGCUUUUCGGAGGAACCAUCUCCUCCUUCAACAUCAACACGAACGCGUGGGCUGCCAGACAUGUCUUCAAGCGGUUAAAGUUCCUGGGAAAUAAGACUCUGUCUCAUGUGGCCACACUCGUGUUUCUGACGAUUUGGCACGGCCUUCACUCCGGAUACAUCUUGUGCUUCUCCAUGGAAUUCUUCAUCAUCACUGUAGAGAGACAGGCCCUGGCUCUGGUGAGGGACAGUCCCCUGCUGACGAAGCUGGCCAACAGCGCGCUCUACCCUCUCAUCUAUGUAGUCCAGCAGUUUUUACACUGGCUCUUCAUGGGCUACCCCCUAGUGCCAUUCUGCCUCUUCACCUAUGACAAAUGGCUCAAGGUGUAUUCGUCCAUCUAUUUCUGUGGUCAUGUAUUCUUCCUUGUAGCCUAUUUACUCAUGCCAUACCUCCGCAAGGCACUGGUGCCUAGGAAAUAACGGAGCGAGAAGAAGGAGGAAUAAAACUCGGUACUAAGACUUGGCAUGGUCCGUCUGAGGCUAAAUAUCCACUGAAGGGAACUGUGACUUUUCAAGGAGAAGAACGGAAAAUAUUUUAAGGCCUUUAGUAAUAUAUAUGUCCAUGUAAAAAUAAAUUUCUAUAUAUUUUUGUGUUUUAAA